CACGUGACAAAUUAUUUAGGGUUCUUCAAUGUGGGGUUCCCUCCCACAUUCGGUUAUUUGCCGGAAUUCUCAUAACCCACAGGUUCUUUCCUGCACUACCAGGAAGAAAAAAAAAUCGAGCUUCUCCAAACUCGAACAUUUUCCUUAAUAUUCAUUCCUCAUCCCUAGGACUAUCCGAUUGACAUUUUCCUUCAACAUCAAGGAAUCAAUCGAAAUGUCUCACCGUAAGUUCGAGGCUCCUCGCCACGGCUCUCUUGCCUUCUUGCCGCGAAAGCGUGCCGCCCGUCAUCGCGGAAAGGUCAAGUCCUUCCCCAAGGAUGACCCCAAGAAACCUGUCCACCUCACUGCCGCCAUGGGCUACAAGGCUGGUAUGACUACCAUCGUCCGCGACCUCGACCGACCGGGCGCAAAGUCGCAUAAGAAGGAAGUUGUUGAGGCAGUCUCAAUUAUUGAUACUCCACCUAUGAUCGUUGUUGGUCUUGUGGGCUACAUCGAGACACCCCGUGGUCUCCGAUCUCUCACCACCGUCUGGGCCGAGCACUUGAGUGACGAAGUCAAGCGCCGAUUCUACAAGAACUGGUACAAGAGCAAGAAGAAGGCUUUCACCAAGUACGCCAAGCAGCACUCGGAGAGCAGCGGUGCCUCCAUCACCCGCGAACUCGAGCGUAUCAAGAAGUACUGCACCGUUGUCCGUGUUCUCGCCCACACGCAGAUCCGAAAGACUCCCCUUAAGCAGAAGAAGGCCCACCUUAUGGAGAUCCAGAUCAACGGUGGCUCCGUCCCCGACAAGGUCGAAUUCGGCCACGGUCUCUUCGAGAAGCCCGUCAGCAUCGACACCGUCUUCGAGCAGGAUGAGAUGAUCGAUGUCAUCGCUGUCACCAAGGGUCACGGCUUCAACGGUGUCACUGCCCGAUGGGGUACUAAGAAGCUGCCGCGUAAGACCCACAAGGGUCUCCGUAAGGUUGCUUGUAUCGGUGCCUGGCAUCCGUCCCACGUCCAGUGGACCGUUGCCCGUGCCGGUCAGCAAGGUUACCACCACCGUACUUCGGUCAACCACAAGGUUUACCGUAUCGGAAAGGGCGACAACGAGGCCAACGCCUCUACUGAGCAGGACGUCACCAAGAAGACCAUUACUCCUCUGGGUGGAUUCGUCCGAUAUGGUGAGGUCAACAACGACUUCGUCAUGGUCAAGGGUUCCAUUCCCGGUGUUAAGAAGCGUGUCAUGACGCUGCGUAAGUCGAUGUUCACGCACACCUCCAGAAAGGCAUUGGAGAAGGUGGAGCUGAAGUGGAUCGACACGUCUUCCGAGUUUGGUCACGGUGCCUUCCAGACCCCUGCCGAGAAGAAGCAAUUCCAAGGUACACUCAAGAAGGACCUCGUCCAAAGCUCGUAGAGAGCUACACGUCUCCUUGUAUCUUGUCUUUGCUGCAUCGGUGUUCCUGGUUCCCUUUUCGGCUAUCGCGAUGGGAAUGGUCUAGGGUUGGCAUUUGAGACAAAAAGAGGUUAAUGAACAAAUGCAUGAAACAAAAGUUAUAUGAUCUGUCCGUAUGUGUGAUGUGAAUCGUAUCGUAUCCUAUCGUAUCAAUAAACGUAGGUAUACAUCGAUUCCAACGGGUAUAUUUGAUGUACCUGAUCAAGAAAUCGUAGAUGAAACAACACCAUGUAUGGGUUCAACAACAUGCCUACAUGAAUGUGGA